CACACAAACGUGCAGUCUCGCGAUAGCGAUACAGAGCGGAAACGGAAGUUAGCCUUUGUUAAAGAUGGCAACCCCCUAUGUGACAGAUGAAUCCGGUAAAUAUAUCGCCGCCACGCAGCGUCCGGACGGCACGUGGAGGAAACCGCGGCGCGUGAAGGACGGAUACGUCCCGCAGGAGGAGGUCCCGGUCUAUGAGAACAAGUACGUCAAGUUCUUCAAGAGCAAACCCGAGCUGCCGCCCGGCAUGAACCCGGAGGACGCAGCUCAGACCCGACAGCAGCAGGCUGUGAGCGGAGCCCAGAAUCAGAGCGACGCCGCCGGACUCUCCAAAACCGCCAAACGCAACAUGAAGCGCAAAGAAAAGCGCAAACAGCACAGCCAGACUCCGCAGGAAGCCUCGGAGGACGUGAAGGGCCUGAGUAAGGAGCUGGACGCGAUGAAAGUCACGGAGGAGCAGAAGAGAGUGACGGCUGAGCCUGAAGCUGCAGAUCCCACGGCAGCUGCAGAGAAAGCCAAGAAGAUAAAGAACCUGCGGAAGAAGCUGCGACAGGUGGAGGAGCUCCAGCAGAAGGUGGACUCGGGAGAGCUGGAGACCCCCAGCAAGGAGCAGCUGGACAAACUGGGACGGGGCCAGGCCUUACGGGACGAGCUGAGGCUGCUGGAAGGACAUUUGUGAGGCCAGCUGUCAGUCAGACGUGUCCGUUUCCAUUGACAGUCGUGUCAGGGUGUGUUUGUAUUUCAGUCAAAGCUGUAACCACUUCAUUCUUGUGUUUUAUACAUCAUGAAGACACACGUGGUGGCAUCUUGCGCUCUGGACUCUUGAUGCGGGUCGUCCAGAACCUGCACGAGCGCAGAUGAUUCCCACUCUCUGUAAUCAUGUCAUCCAGACAGAGUGCCCUGCGACUCUCUGUGAUAGAUUAGAGACUGAUGGACUACAGAUCCAUGCUGUCAUCAUUUUUUUUACCACUGUAGUGAUAAUGGCAUGAAAUAGUAAUGUGUAGAAUUGUGUUAUAUUAAACAUAGAAUAACAGUCUUCCUGUUUCAUGUCCCUGUCUGAUCCACAGUGUAGAAAACAUCUAAACUGGUGUUUUACUGGUAGCGCUGUGUAAGUCAUAUCAUAUAUUAUAAUAUAGUAACUGUAGAGUAACUGAUGUUAAAUGAUGUGGAAGCUGAAAUGAUCUGUCAUGUCGUGAAAAACAGGCUUUGCUCGUGCACACUUUCACUGUGUGAUAGACACUAGUAGAAUGCAGCUCGAACGACCUGAAAUUCAAUAAGGCCUCCGUGUGAGUUUGAGUCUUAUAUUUCUAUAUGAUAAAUUCAACAUCACAUGAGCAAACAUGCCGUUUCAAUGUGUUAGAAAAUAUUGUCUGGUUUUGCUCUGUUUUGCCAACAAAAAUCAUUCCAAGCAAAAAGUUUUGCGACAGACUGAUGUUUCAUCACUGAGUGGAUUUGCUUUUUUAAACAAAUCAAUGAUGCAGCGAUCCAUUCAUAAAGACAGUCACUUGCCUUGUUCCUGAAUAAAUCAACUGUUUCAGAUCGAUUAAA